GUUGUAGGUAUACCACAUGACAUUCUUCAGAACUUGUUCACACUCUUGACGCGAUAUGACUCCGCAGGUUACGCACCACCAGAGGGCACUAUACAGCGAGCAUGCACCAAAGCACGUUAUGUCAAUUAUGUCAGCUUGCCAAAGUCAUUGAUGGAGUUGCAUAAUCUUUCUAGGGAGGUGAUACGACACUGUGAUUCUACGUCAUUCGCAGAAGGUGUUUUAUGUGAGCUCAAUACCAUGCUUACAAGUGUACAAGGCGACAAUAUUGAGUAUCUCUGGUUGAUCAUCAUAUUGAAGGUCGAAGGCACGCCUAUGCAGAAAAGCGUGCUCUACUGCAGGAAUUGGUCCGAAUUUAUUUUUCUUACAUGCGUAAUUCUCAGAAUGCGUCUGCCAAGUCAGCAGAUACAUGAUUUCUUCUCACAGUGA